AUGAUACAUCAUGUUAAAGAGGUGCUGGAAGUUGAAUUAAGGUUCAGUGAAGAAGAGAACCAUGAUUUAUUAGUCAUGGCUGCCAUUGUUCCAGGGAGGCAAAAUUUUCUGAGGGGCUCCAUGGAUCAUAAAAGCAACCUGCAAGUUGAUUCCAGCAAAAGCCAAGCAGAGACUUCAAGCAAUUCUCCUGCCAUCCCUGAGAAAAAUCAUUGUUCUGAAGCUCAGAGCACUCCAAAGGACUGUGACACCUUCGCAGACCAUGCAAACAAGGCAGCUCAAGAUCUCCAGGAACGGAGUCACUCAGUGGGAGCCCCUACAAAACCUGGUUCAGAACAGAGUCUUGCACAGAAGCAGCGAACAUCCCGCCGAAGAUGUCAGCAGCCCAAAAUGUUGAGUAGCCCCGAGGACACCAUGUACUAUAACCAGCUAAAUGGAGCUCUAGAAUAUCAAGGGAGCAAGAGGAAGCCAAGAAAACUUGGCCAAAUUAAAGUGCUUGAUGGUGAAGAUGAGUAUUACAAAUCUUUGUCACCUGUGGACCCAGAGGAAGACAGCUCUGCCCACCCAUUCUUUUUUCCCUCAUCCUCAAAAGGAGCACCUUUUGCUCAGCUCUGA